AUAAUCACAUUAAGCAUCUGAUCGGUAAACCGCCGUCGGAGAUCGAUUCGUUAUGUCGGAUCAUGGUCGACGUUGAGCAGUUGCAUGUUUCGACGCAGAAGGAGGAGAACAUCGAAACCAAGCAAUUGUACUUCUAUCUGUAUCAUGCGCUGCAGAAGUGCCUUGCCCACGGC